UAUAAAUACAAUGGUCAUUUUGGUGGUUCAGUUCUGUUACCCUGCUCCUGCUCUGACCUGCACACCAAACCUCACACAUUCACCUGGAUGUCCUACAGAACAGGACCUGCGACUGACAUGUUAAAUGAUGAACACUACUGUGGCAGACUUCAGCUGUUUAAUAACAUUUCUCCUGGUAAUCUGUCUCUGCUCAUAUCUGACCUGAGAGAAGAGGAUGAUGUAGACUACAGGUGUCAAACUGAGAAGGGACACAAAGACAUGAGGAUUUAUGUUAAAGGCUGUGAUCUCUCUGGUGAUAAACAUCAGGUAGUUAUUAAUGGACACCCUGGUGGUUCAGUCCUGUUACCCUGCUCCUGCUCUGACCUGCACACCAAUCCUCAGACAUUCACCUGGACAACAGACAGAACAGGACACUGGACUGACGUGUUAAAUGAUGAACACUACCGUGACAGACUUCAGCUGUUUAAUCACAUUUCUCCUGGUAAUCUGUCUCUGCUCAUAUCUGACCUGAGAGAAGAGGAUCAGAGAGUCUACUGGUGCAGCACUGGAUUAACGGAAUACAGAGACAUCAGGAUUAAUGUUAAAGGCUGUGAUCUCUCUGGUGAUAAACAUCAGGUAGUUAUUAAUGGACACCCUGGUGGUUCAGUUCUGUUACCCUGCUCCUGCUCUGACCUGCACACCGAUCCUCAGAUAUUCACCUGGACGACUAACAGAACAGGACACUGGACUGACGUGUUAAAUGAUGAACACUAUCGUGACAGACUUCAGCUGUUUAAUCACAUUUCUCCUGGUAAUCUGUCUCUGCUCAUAUCUGACCUGAGAGAAGAGGAUCAGAGAGUCUACAGGUGCAGCACUGGAUUAAAGGAAUACAGAGACAUCAGGAUUAAUGUUAAAGGAGGAAGAAGAGAAACUUCAACACGCUCAGGGAAAACAGACAGAAGACCUCCAUCAGAACAGCCUCCAAGUAAAACAACAAACUCUCCACCUGCAUCAUCCUCAACAACACUGGAACAAGAUAAACAACAAACUCACAGCAGCCUCCCUCUGGUUUUCUGCAUUCUGCUUGUAUUAUUGCUGCUGAUACCUGGAGUAGUGGCAUUUAUUUGCUGGGUAUGCAGAGGUGGACGAUGUGGAGAGAAGGUGAAUACUGAAGGUUGUCUGGACUAUAAGGGACAACAAGAUAAUACCAGGGACUUACCCUUCACAUUAAAUUCACAGGACACACAGAUUGUGUGUGAUGACACUUUAUUUACUACUGUCAUUUACACCAGCUACUCUACUGGCCCACAUUAACACAGCUGGAGCAGCACAGGUCCAGAUGAUCACUGGAGCACU